AUGUGCAGUUGCGUGACGCGUGACGUUGGCGAGCGCGUCCUGAGGGAGAUGACGAACUUCCCGAUUGGGCAGGUGCAGCUGACAGCCCGCCGCGACCCGGACUGCCCCGCCUGGACGGCGGACGAGCUGUUUGUGUCGCGGGAGAGCGCCGAGCUGAUGGUCCGCCUGUGCGACCAGCGAGAGGUGCUGGACACGAAGCUCAACGUGUUCCCAGACCCAAAGGCAAAGAACUGGAAGAGCAAGGGCAAGGACUCCACAUCCUCCUCCCCUGCGUCGCCAACAUCCAUCACGCCGGCGCCUGUUGCGGGCCAGGCAAAGCGCAUCACGUUCUACCUGAGCGAGGCAGCCAGGCAGCGUGACGACAAGGGCUUGACUGCCGCCAUGCCCUGGCCAACGGACACGUGCCGCAGCGUGCAGGCGACGCUGGAGCGUGCAGGCGUCAACUUCCAGUCGCUGCAGGUCUUCCCGGACAUGCGCUGUGCAAGCGUGGACGUGGUUGCCGACAGCGAGGAGACGUUCCGAAGCUUGCUGCCACUGCCCAUUGACACGGCGGCGGGCUGUCGUCUGGAGGCGCGGCAGGCACCGCUGCACCGCAUUGUUGUCGUCACCUGUACCUUGCACAGCAAGCCCACCACGGGCCGCGACAUUGUGCAGGCGUUUGAGUUGGUGGCAAGGCGAAGCUUGUGCCCAUCCCACAGUCCCUCGAGGACACGCUGUCCCGCAUCCAGCCGUUUGCCAACACCCGCAUGGCUGAACAAGAACAAGAACAAGGAGAAACAGCAGCAGCAGGGUGGAGGUGACGACGAGGCACACGUUGCUGCCAAGCUCACGGCUGUGCACGACCCUCAUCAGUACAAGAAAGACGGCGAUGCUGACAGCGACGACAGCAAAAGCGGCGGUGCGUCCUCUGAGACGACGCUGCAGCGCGUGUUUGUGCUGGAGACGACAGACACGCGUGCGGCGCAUGCGUGUGUGCGCAGGAUGCAGUUUGCCAUCUCUGUCUCGCACAAGUUUGUGGCGCGGCUGUGCCACCCGAACGACGUGCACGUGGCGGUGCUCGACCCCAAGCUGGGCGGCCUCCUGUCGGACCUCGUCGACGCAUUCAACAAGCGCAGCGUGUCCAAGGACCUUGAUGUGCUGGCGGCUGCAACCACAAAUAACCGCAUCUGCUUCUCGGGCAGCACCGCCGUGCCGGUGUGGUCGCAGGCCAAGCUGCUUGCAAGCUUCCUCGCGCCCGCCUUCCACCUGUGUGCCCACAGCGACCGCGUGCUGGGCGACGACAAGAUCAUGGAGCACGUCCUGAACGACUUCGGCCUCAAGCUGGUGCGCUACCCGACGCUUGGCCUGCUGCCCUACGCCGACACGACACACGGGGCCAUGCGGGAUGUGUGGCGUUUGUGCGGCCGCCGCCCGUCACCGGCACCCCGCCCAUCGCAUCGCCCGUGGCACCCCAGCAGGCGCUGA